UGCGCAAAGGGCAUGUGGCGCAGAGGGCAGAGUGGGCGGAGUCAAACACAGCGAGUCAUCUAAGCUUCAGGAGCGAAGCCUCAAAGAUCAUGGAUAUGAAUACCAGUGAGUGUUUUGGAUGCGGCCGCUCUGGGCACUGGGUGAAGAACUGUCCCAACGCGGGCCGCGGGCGUGGCAGGGGCAGAGGUCGAGGAAAGGAUCUCUUCUGCUACCGGUGUGGAGAGCAGGGUCACAUCGCCCGGGACUGUGAACAGACCGAGGAUGCGUGCUACAACUGCCACAGGAGCGGCCACAUCUCCCGGGACUGUAAGGAACCCAAGAAGGAGCGCGAGCAGUGCUGCUACAACUGCGGUAAAGCCGGGCACGUGGCUCGAGACUGCGACCACGGCACCGAACAGAAGUGUUACUCCUGCGGCGGGUUCGGACACAUCCAGAAACUGUGCGACAAAGUCAAAUGCUACCGGUGCGGCGAGAUCGGCCACGUGGCGGUGCAGUGCAGCAAAGCCAGCGAGGUGAACUGCUACAACUGCGGCAAGACGGGUCACCUGGCGCGGGAGUGCACCAUCGAGGCCUCGGCGUAAGCGCCGCUCCCGUUCGCCCGCCCCUCCUUUCUCACAUUGAUGGUUGGCUGUAUCAUUUUCUCGGAAUCCUCUUCAUCGGCCGGCGCCCCGUC